GCAGCGCGCUCACGUGGGAACGCGGCGGGCGCACGGGCGCAUUGUAUUAGGCGGUCGCGAAGUUGACCUCAUUGACUGAACAGGCCUCAAGUCCAAGCUCGAGAGAAGGACGCACUCGACAUUCCGAGGCAUGCACAGCAUUUGAACAGCGAGCCGUCUUCUCAGUGCUGUAGAGAGAAGCACAUGUCAGCACAAUGAAUACCAUUGACGGUUCCGACCGUCACGUCAAGACAGAAGAAGCCCCGCCGCCGUCACUGCUUGCCAUCGUCCUCGACACCAAUCCACACGCGUGGGCGCAUCUGUCCUCUACCCUCUCACUCUCUGCCGCCCUAGCCAACAUCCUCGUCUUCAUCAACGCCCACCUCGCCUCGGGAAACGGAAACGAAGUUGCUGUGAUAGCUUCCCAUUCGCACAAGACGACCUUUCUGUAUCCCACACCCACCGACCCGCAGCCACAGUCGCGGCGCGGCGACACAAACGGCCAUGUUCAGACGAAUGGCCAUGCAAAGGACAAGGAACACCACAUGGCAGAGAGUGCCAACAAGUACCGGCCAUUCGCUGUCGUAGAGAGCGCAAUCCUACGUAACUUCGCCAAGUUGCUCAACGAGACAAAAGAGAGCCACCUGGAAGCAACGCCUACAACACUCAUAGGCGGUGCUCUCUCCAUGGCUCUCACCCACAUCAACAAGCAAACCAUCCUCCAUGCUCCCACAGCCGCAUCUGCCGACAGUACCGCUCUUGCAGCACUCGCCGACUCUGAAAACACACACGUCGACCGCGUUCCCCUCACCUCUCGCAUCCUCAUCGUCUCUGUAUCCGGCGACCUUGCCAAUCAGUACAUACCUGUCAUGAACUCUAUAUUUGCCGCACAACGAAAGCGGAUACCCAUAGAUAUACUGAAACUGGCUGGCGACACUGUGCUAUUGCAGCAAGCGAGCGAUGCGACUGGAGGCGUAUACAUGAAACCGGACCGUCCAGAAGGUCUGCUACAGUAUCUGAUGAUGGCAUUCCUACCCGAUGUAACAGCACGAACAAGCUUGAUAGUCCCUAGCGCUGGCGGUGUCGAUUUCCGUGCAGCAUGUUUCUGCCACAGGAAGGUUGUCGACAUCGGCUUUGUCUGCAGUGUGUGCUUGAGCAUCUUCUGUAACCCAGAUCUUCCUGAUAACCUCUGCAUGACUUGCGGCUCCUACCUAUCUCUACGCAGUGCUGUCAUGAACCCGCCGGCGCUGAUCCCACGGAAAAAGAAGAAGAAGAAGAAAGCCGGUACUGACCCUGCAACACCAGGGGCAAAUACUCCGGUAGGAUCUGGCACACCUCUUCAUGCUUGAGAUAUCACCCGCGGAUCUGGAAGCUCCUCCACCAGAUCUCAUGAUAUACCGCGGUUCACCUUUCUCGGACAUGUGUGCAUAUCUACUACAGUCCCUCGGCUCGUGGCGCAGGCUAGUUCAACCGAACGACGCAAAUUUGUCCACGUUAUGGAGAAUGUGGAGACUACGACGGCAAGGCGUAAUAAGCCACUAAAACGGCUGUACGA